CACAAAAUCACCAAAUUCACAACAAAAACCACCCUUUUUAUUAACUAACCAACCCUUUCAUCAUUUUCUUCUUCUUCUUCCUCUCACAUCACAAUCACUCAAACUCAUUUCCACCACCGCCACGUCAUCACCACCACCACCACCACCACCAAAACCACCAUCAAUGGCUUCAACAAUUCUCAAGCGAGCUAUCACCAACAUCUCAUCAACUUCCUCAACCUCCCGCCUCAUUCUCCUCCGAGCCCACGCCUCCGAAGCCCAAGCCCAACAAGUAACCCCGAAAGCCACUUCAACAACCACCCUCAAAAAAUUCCAAAUCUACCGAUGGAAUCCCGAUACUCCAUCAAAGCCAGAACUCAAAGAAUACGAAAUCAACCUCAAAGAAUGCGGUCCAAUGGUUCUCGAUGCCCUAAUCAAGAUAAAAAACGACAUCGAUCCGAGCCUAACAUUCCGUCGAUCAUGCCGUGAAGGGAUCUGUGGUUCAUGUGCUAUGAAUAUCGACGGUUGUAACGGACUCGCUUGUUUAACGAAGAUUCCAUCGGAAAAUUCGAAUACAACGAUUACUCCGUUGCCUCAUAUGUUUGUGGUAAAAGAUCUUGUUGUUGAUAUGACGAAUUUUUAUAAUCAGUAUAAGAGUAUUGAACCGUGGUUGAAGAGGAAGAAUCCACCGGAGGAAAAAGGGAAAGAGAUUCUUCAGAGUAAGAAAGAUAGGGCUAAACUUGAUGGGAUGUAUGAGUGUAUUUUGUGUGCUUGUUGUAGUACUUCUUGCCCUAGUUAUUGGUGGAAUCCUGAGUCUUAUCUUGGACCUGCUGCUUUGCUUCAUGCUAAUAGGUGGAUAAGUGACAGUCGUGACGAGUUCACUAAGGAGAGAUUGGAAGCUAUUAAUGACGAAUUCAAGCUCUAUCGCUGCCACACCAUAUUGAACUGUGCUCGGGCCUGUCCAAAGGGGUUGAAUCCUGGAAAACAAAUCGCACACAUCAAGUCUAGUCAGCCAAAAGCUUGAAUUGAAAUCCAAUUAUUAAAACUCUGUUUGCAUUUUAGCGUUUACCAACAAAUUUUAUUCAUUCAAAUGUGGGGAUUAACUUAGCUGUAUUUCUUAAUAAUAAAACCUCAUCCCCCUGUUGUAAACUUGGCUUUUCAAUUUAUACUGCCUUUUUUGUUUUUGAAAUAAAUGUUAAAUAUCCAACAGAGACCCUGAAUGACAGUCUUAAAAGAUUGAAAAUAACAGUAUUUUGAAGUUUAAUUUUUCUGGUCA